AUGCCUGAAAGUCUAAAUCAUAUUGAUAAAAAUAUCUCAAAAGAAGAAAAAUAUAAACAAAUAAUAAUUGAAAUAAAACAUUUAAUUCAACAUGAAAAUGAUUUAAUAGCAAAUCUUGCUAAUAUUAGUGCUAUUCUUAAAGAAAUAUUUUCUUUUUGGUGGGUUGGUUUUUAUUUAGUUAAAAAUAAUCAAUUGGUACUUGGUCCAUUUCAAGGUUCAUUAGCUUGUACAAGAAUUCAAUUAAAUAAAGGUGUUUGUGGUACAAGUUGGGGACAACGUAAAACAAUUGUCGUUAAAAAUGUUCAUGAAUUUCCUGGUCAUAUUGCUUGUUCAUCGGCUUCAUUAUCUGAAAUUGUACUGCCUAUUAUUCGAAUAUCAUCAAAUGAUGAACAAGCACAAGUAUUAGGAGUAUUGGAUAUCGAUAGUGAAUAUGAAGCUCAUUUUGAUGAUGUCGAUCAAUAUUAUCUUGAAGAACUCGUGCGCGAAUGCAUUGAACCAUGUUUUAGUUAA